UCAUACAAAUUAUACUGUACCAUCAUUUUUGUUAUUCUAGUCACUGACUUACACUUACUUUUAGUAAAAUUGAAAGAAGAAUGCCAAGAACGUUUUUACCAUCCACAGAUGAAUGAGACCCCGUAGCGCUGGUGAUUUACUGUUGUCCUCACACCGCCUUUGAUUGAUUGCUAGUUGGCCCUGAGACCACAUCAGAACAUCAGUCCUAGCUGUCACGGACCCUCUUUAGAUAUAGCCCUGACACACCGUACACCCUUACACCUUUGAUUUACAGCAAUGACACAUUCUCACGUCUUCACGCCUGAUUAAAAGUAUCCCAUCUGACGAGCAUCCAGCAGUCGAGCGUUCGGUCAGGUAUAGGAGCAAAUACCCAAUACUCAGUGCCAUGGACAGAAAAUCCUCAGUCUCUCCUCUUACACAUCUUGCUUUUUUACUUCUGAUUGGUGCUCUCAACGUUCACACAAGAAGCCUUGCAAAUCCAGAAAACCAGGUUUUCCAUUCAAAGGACGAUUCUGACAUCCAGAAUCAGAUUUUGGCAUUUUUACUACGGAAAAACAUCAUGCCUGUCCAAGAAAACGACGUACUAGGACUUGAGCUGGCCAGAAAAAUCACAGAGCUGCAGGAGCUUGCAGUCCUUCGAGAGGAACUGCAGCUAGAAAGAAAAUUGGUGUCAGAUGCAAUAGAAAAAGAUAGAUCGAUGACCAGCAAAAGAGAUGAUGCCUGUUUCUGGAAAUACUGUGUUUGAGGGUCUCAAAGUGAAGAGCCAGGAGCAAGAAAAUCUGCAAAUAAUCUGAAGCCUUAAUAAUGUAUCAAACAAGUAUAACAUUUUUAGAUAUGUAAUUAUAUAUGUAUUCAUAAUGUGUCAUGAUAAUCAUGAUAUUCAUUUAAUAAUGUACUCAUGACUGUACUCUUAAAACAAAAAUGUAUUUAUGUAAA